UUCUCCAGCCUCCCCGCAGUCUCAGCCAGGUGCAGUGCUGGGCAAGGCAGCUCCUGGAAAGCCACUGGAAGGGGGGAGCCACGGCCGGAAACGCUGGAGGAGAGAAGCAAGGAGAAAAGGCAAAGGUGGAGAGGGGGAGAAGGAGCAGCUUCCUGCCCUCGCCAGCAAAUUACCUGACUGUUUAAUAUCCGAGACUCCGGUCCUUGGGCCCCAACCUCUGCUACCCACAGCCAGCCUGCCUGCCGCCCUCUCCUCUCCCGCCCUACCCGCUCCCACUCGCCCCCCGGGGGUUGCCUGGGUGCCUGGACUGGCAUGAUCAGUUAAACUUUGCGAAGUCAGCUCUUCUCCCUGGCUUCCCACCAGCGGCGCCAAGGCCACAGGAGCGCAGAAUCUCGGCUCAGGACGGAUAGACAGAAGGCCAACAGCGCCCAGGCUCGCCCGCGGAUCCCCCGCACCCCGACUCCCCAUCCACCCAGCCGCCUGGACCAUGUCCAAACCCUCAGACCACAUCAAGCGGCCCAUGAACGCCUUCAUGGUAUGGUCCCGGGGCCAGCGGCGCAAGAUGGCCCAGGAAAACCCCAAGAUGCACAACUCGGAGAUCAGUAAACGCUUAGGCGCGGAAUGGAAGCUUCUGUCCGAGGCAGAGAAACGGCCGUACAUAGACGAGGCCAAACGGCUGCGCGCCCAGCACAUGAAGGAGCACCCAGACUACAAGUACCGGCCGAGGCGCAAGCCCAAGAACCUACUCAAGAAGGACAGGUAUGUCUUCCCCCUGCCCUACCUGGGCGACACGGACCCGCUCAAGGCGGCGGGGCUGCCCGUGGGGGCCUCCGACGGCCUCCUGAGCGCGCCCGAGAAAGCCCGGGCCUUCUUGCCGCCCGCCUCGGCACCCUACUCCCUGAUGGACCCUGCGCAGUUUAGCUCAAGCGCCAUUCAGAAGAUGGGUGAAGUGCCCCACACCUUGGCCACCGGCGCGCUGCCCUACGCCUCCACCCUGGGCUACCAGAACGGCGCCUUCGGCAGCCUCAGCUGCCCCAGUCAGCACACGCACACGCACCCGUCCCCCACCAACCCCGGCUUCGUGGUGCCCUGUAACUGUACGGCCUGGUCUGCCUCCACCUUGCAGCCCCCGGUCGCCUACAUUCUCUUCCCUGGUAUGACCAAGACUGGCAUAGACCCUUACUCGUCAGCCCACGCAACGGCCAUGUAACCUCCGGCCCGCCUGCCUGACUUGAAGGGAGGCCUGGAAGCGGGGUCUGCACCCUGUCCAUUGCGCCUAGCUGGUGCCCGCAGACGCCUCGGGGUCAGCCCUGCCACCGCCCCAGACUCUGCCUCUCUCUUCCAGGGGAGAAGGCAGGGGUGCCAUCCCGGACCCAGGGCACAGACAGGUGCCAGAAACUUGCAAACGUUAUGACAGCUACACAGCUGUCCUUACCCCGACUGUCCCAAAACAAAUCUUCGACUGUACCCCCUUUGGACAAAAAAAAAAAAAAAGUAGGCAGUUUUGCUUUCUCUCCUCGGAUUGGCUUUGGACUCCGAAUUUCAGAUCCUGGUAUUAUACCUAGAAUAUGCACAUAUAUAUAUAUUUUUUUUUUCUUUUGCACCACGAAGAAAAGAGUUAGCUGUGUCUCUGUGUUUUGCUAUCAGACACAACUAGGCGCCAUUUGCUCUUCAUGUGUGGGGGUAAGGCUUAAAAUUUUAAAACUACAGAAAGGGAAACAUUUCUAUUUGAAACCAUGCUAUGAUAGUGUUUGCUUCUUUAAAGGGAAACCUAAAAGGACCCACAUGGUCAUUUACUUUGUGUAAAGCAGUGCUCCUAGAGACCUAAGUUUACUUUUAGACAGAAUGUCGGGUUAUGAAGUCAGGAAUAGAAAGUGAACAAGAACAACAACAAAAAAAAGUUAAAAGAAUAAAAACAUCCUAAAUGGUCAUAAAUGUUUUGACGAUGUCUUGGAAAUGUACUUGGAAGGAUUUUACCUCCUUACUCUGUUGUUCAUUUGUUGAACAAAGACGUUUUGAAUAAAGACAAUC